AAACAUAAAGCAAGCUCUCUCAUCAUCACCUUCCGAUCAGUCCUCUCUCCGGAGAAUUCUGUCAUGGCAUCGCUUUCCCGGGAAAACCUCCCGGCGCCCGCUGCUCGGCGCCGUCUCCGGGCCAUUCAGAGCCACCUCCUCCCCGACGGCGCCGGCGCCGGCGCCGGUGGCGGUCCCGAUCCCGACUCCCGCGUGCAGGCCAACGCCGCCUCCGGCGUACUCAACGAAAGGGCUUACAGUGUAGUUCUUCCCGAGGACCUGCGUACGGGAAAAUGGAAUGUUUAUAGAUCUGCACGCUCCUUCUUCAAGCUUGUCAGCAGAUUUACUGAUCACCCCGAUAUUGGAACGUUGCAUGACAAUUUCGGACAUGCCAUUGAAACCUUUCGGGAUUGCAAGUACUUAGGUACUCGAGUUUGUGCUGAUGGGACAGUAGGAGAGUACAAAUGGAUGACAUAUGGCGAAGCUGGGAGUGCUCGAGAAGCUAUAGGUUCUGGACUUCGCUAUCAUGGGUUACCGCAAGGAGUUUGUGUUGGACUCUACUUUAUUAACAGGCCAGAGUGGCUAAUUGUGGAUCAUGCUUGUUCAGCAUAUUCUUAUAUCUCGGUCCCUCUAUAUGACACCCUCGGUCCCGAUGCUGUCAAGUAUGUUGUGAAUCAUGCAGCUUUGCAGGCUAUCUUUUGUGCUCCUCAAACACUGAACAGAUUAUUGAGCUUCUUGUCUGAGAUUCCAUCUGUUCGUCUUAUUGUGGUAGUUGGAGGAAUAGAUAUACACUUGCCCACCCUUCCGCCAACAUCAAGAGUUAAGCUGAUUUCAUACUUGAAACUUCUGAGUCAGGGCUGUAGCAAUAUCCAGCCUUGUUGCCCCCCAAAGCCAGAAAAUAUUGCAACCAUAUGCUACACAAGUGGAACAACCGGAACACCAAAGGGGGUUGUCUUGACUCAUGGAAACUUGAUUGCAAAUGUUGCUGGGUAUAGUGAAACGACCAAUUUUUUCUCAUCAGAUAUCUAUCUAUCCUACCUCCCUCUGGCGCAUAUAUAUGAAAGAAUGAAUCAGAUCCUUGGAGCAUAUUAUGGGGUUGCUGUCGGUUUUUACCAAGGGGACAACAUGAAACUGAUGGAUGAUUUGGCUGCUUUGAGACCGACUAUUUUUUGCAGCGUUCCUCGACUGUAUAACCGGAUAUAUGCAGGAAUAACAAAUGCUGUGAAGUCUUCAGGGAUGCUAAAGGAGAGACUAUUUAGAGUUGCCUUCAAUUCGAAGAAGCAUGCUAUAUUGACAGGCCGGAAUCCAUCACCUAUGUGGGAUAGACUAGUGUUCAAUAGAAUAAAGGAAAAGCUUGGAGGGCGAGUCCGUUUCAUGGUAUCUGGUGCUUCGCCAUUAUCUUCUGAUGUUGCGGACUUUUUAAGGGUGUGCUUUGGCUGUCAAGUACUUGAAGGGUAUGGUAUGACUGAGACAUCUUGUGUAAUAAGCUGCACGGAUGAGGGCGACACCUUAUCUGGUCAUGUUGGAUCUCCGAAUCCUGCCUGCGAAAUAAAGCUCGUGGACGUUCCUGAAAUGAACUAUACAUCAGAAGAUCAACCCUAUCCUCGUGGAGAAAUCUGUGUCAGGGGGCCCAUUGUUUUCCAAGGAUACUACAAUGAUGAAGUUCAAACGAGAGAGGUAAUUGAUGAUGACUCUUGGUUGCAUACGGGAGACAUUGGAUUGUGGUUACCAGGAGGCCGCCUUAAGAUUAUUGAUAGGAAGAAGAAUAUUUUCAAGUUGGCACAAGGUGAAUAUAUAGCACCAGAAAAGAUUGAGAACGUGUAUUCAAAGUGCAAGUUCAUCUCACAGUGUUUUGUGUAUGGCGAUAGCUUGAACUCUUGCUUAGUGGCGGUUGUUGCUGUGGACCUGGAGGUGCUGAAAGAAUGGGCCGCAUCGCAAGGCAUCGAGUACGAGGCUUUAGAACAGCUAUGCAAUGACCAGCGGGCACGGGAAGCUGUUCUUGCUGAAAUGGAUGACAUUGGCAGAGAAGCGGAGUUGCAAGGCUUCGAAUAUGUGAAGGCCGUGGCGCUGGUGCUCGAACCAUUCACGGAGGAGAACGGACUUCUCACCCCAACAUUUAAGAUCAAGAGGUCUCAAGCGAAAGCCCACUUUGCUAAGGUGAUAUUGGACAUGUACGCCGAGCUUUCUACAUCUGAUCCAUCCCCUCAGAAGGUCUCCUGAUGCGUAAGUCUGCGAAUAACAUGUGAAAUCUUAAGGAAUCUGAGAAAUUACUCGGGCUACGAGGCAGAAGCUGAUCGUUGUACACGCUACUGAACGGCAGGUCUCUGUAAUUGGUUCUAUGGUUGGGUUUGUUUAGUAUUAUACCUUCGCAGCAUUUAUGGUUUUGCAACUCGCUGUUGGCUUUUAAAGCCGAUUGAGCAAAUCAUCCUACAAUUACAUUUUGUAAAA